AUGUCUCUCGCCAGAGCUUUCACAAAGCGCAUCGCUAAGCGCGAAGACAAUGAUCUACCCAACAGAAGCAAGACUGUCCGGUAUGCUGCCGGCAGCAUUCGCCGUGACAUGAUCUCCCUUCCCACCGAGCUGAUAUCCACGACCAAUGUUCAGGCUCUAAAUGCUCCCGAUAUUUCGAGUCUCAACAAGUCCACACUCUCGUCAAGCUCGUCGACAAGUUCACAGAACGACUCCGACUCGUCGUCCUUCGAGAAGAGCUUCUUCAGCGAGAUCGACAAGACUGACAGCUCUUCGAUCGAAACAUCAUCACCAGCUACGCCAAUCACUCCUCCGAUGGGUCACACACUCGACUUCUUCGCCUCUAAAGAUCUCUCCGGCCCGGUCAAGAUACUAGACUCUCUACCAGACGCCCCAGCUGUACCUCAGAGAGCACCAUCUCACUCCAAGAAGGCACAUGUUGAGCUCUCGCGGAAGCGAUCAGUCCAGCGCAUGUCGCCCCCACCAAGCACAAUCCCCGACAAGCCACGGACCAGUGCUGAGUUUUUCGGCACAAGCGACUCCCACCCUUUCGGCAAAGAGCUCGCCAAAGUCAAUGAGGUCGCAGAAGAGUUUGGCGCUGCCCGUGGCGUCCUUGAUGAAGAAGAGCAAGAGAUCCUCGACAAGGGCUUCCACAAGUUCUCUGUCGAUGAUUACAUCAACGAGCUCGUCGGGCUCUAUGGCGGCGUAUUUGACAACAAGCUAGGCCCCAUCGGCAACCCUUUCAUCUAG